AUGGCGCCGACUCCCUUCGCCAAGCAGAUGGAGCAAGCGGCUAAGAAGGACACAAAAGCCGCCGCUCCGUCCCCUAAUGCGAAGGCCAACCUCCUCGCCUCAGCCUUCGUGACCGCCCCGGGCUCCAAGAAAGCCAUGAAAGAGUCCGAGAACAAGAUGGGCGACGUGGCCAAGAUCUACGAGCUCUCCCACGCCGACCGCAAGAUACUGGCGACGGGGCCAAAGGUGCAAUUCGUCGACAGCGAAAACGCACCAGUAGCCGAGAUGCCCGUCGCUCUCUUCCGCGCGAUCUCUAUCAAGAAGGAGAUGGUAGCUGGCCCUGAUCCAGUGAUCAAGCUGCCCGUAGGACUUGAAGUUCAGAUGGUCCAAGAUCUGAUCACGCACUUCAACGAGAUCACCACCUGGAAGAAGUUUGCAAAGGAGAUUCACCCGUACAAAGCCCCGGGCGCCUACGAAGACCUCCAGCUAUGCAGCGCCGCGGACUACCUCGGCAUGAUGGCGUACACCCAGCGCAUUUUCAACCGCUACUGGGCCCUCAUCCGCGCGGAGCGUCUGCCAGAAUAUUCGGACAUCGAUGCUUUCUCCAUCAUCCAGACCCCCAUUGGCGAGAACCUCUUCCGCAAAGUAGUCAACAAGCUCGCUCAGGCCGAGCUUGAAGGCAAAAUUCCCGACCCGGAGGAUUAUGCGGCCUAUCUCGUGCACAACGAGCGGUUUGGUCUAGCUGUCACCGAAGCCAAGGAGAAGAUGCAGAAGCAUCAUGACUACGUUGAGCGCACGGCCAAGCGGGAGGCGAACGCGAAACAGAAGAACGAUGCCGAACAGAUGUGGUCGCAGCAGCGGAAGCUGACCCAGAAGGAGAAGGCGGAGAAGGACAAGGCGAAGUGGGAGGCGGCGAGGAAGACGGAGGCGGAGCUGGCUGCUCGUGUCCAGGCGAAGCAGGCGGCGCCGGGGCCGAAGAAGUGGACUGUGGAGGAGGCGGGCUACCUGCGUCGUGUUCGUGGGAUUAACGUGCCUGUCUAG